AUGGCCGAUGGGCUUAAUGAUCUCGAGAAACAUGUAAUGAGGGUUUUCGAGGACGCGACCAAGGACUGUGUGGAUAUGGAAUUGAAAGAACAAUUCGACAUUAUGAUUGGGGACUAUGGUUCUCUCAAUCAAUAUGCACUUGGCAUGUUUGAUUCGAUGGUGAGAAACGACAUGGUUGACCAAGGCAGAGAGCUGUUUAGGCCUGUCACUAUGCUGGGGACGCUGCUGGAUGUAGCUGUGUACACAAUUGUUAUUUUGGUCUACGCCCAUGCCGGCAAGAUCAGGGAUGCUCUCAAGGUCUACCACCACAUGUUAUCCACUGCCAUCACCCCCACGGCUUACACUUACACUGUGCUCAUGAUCGUAAUUGGAAGAGACUCUUCGGGUGCUGAUUUCGUUGGGUAUGCUAAUAAGUUCUUUUUGGAAAUGCUGGAUAGAGGGAUGAAACCCCUUUCGGAGACCUACAUGGUUGUGUUGGACCUCGUUGCCUACCGAGAGCCAGCGGAGAAGGCCAAGGAGUUCCUUGAGUAG